CCGGCGGCGGGCAAAGCGAAAGUAGUCUCGGCGCGCGCCGGAUCGAACGCCACGGCGCGCACCUGCCUGGGAUACGCGUUCCGCCGACGCUCGAGCGCGCAGACGGUGUCCCGGGAAUGCGCGUCAGGUGAGCGCGUCGCGUGUGUUGCCUGCACCGCGGACCCGCCGUCCAUCUGCACCACAGAGGCCGCACUCGUUUUGCGAAGAUCGCCGGCGGAUCGCGGAGUGUGUACUGCGAGAAAAAGGCCGCGAAGGCGUCGGCAGCAUGUGGUUUCGGCAGCCUUCGCAAGUGCUGUGCCCUUUGCGGGCGGCGGCCACCUGUUCCACGGCGCCGGCCUGAGCCCCGGUCGUCUUUGAUGCGCAAACAAGCUUCGACACACUCGGCAACAAAGGGUUGGGAAUGUGCCAGCUCGUCGACGAUCGGGGAUUAGGAGGAGACCAGAAGCCAAAGCCAACGUAAAGCGUACCAUUCAUGGCCCACUUCGCAGUGAAAUGAUGCAACACUGGAACAGCAACUGUUUGGUGACUCCUUCGACCUGCUACGCAUACUCUGGAGGUGUCGUCCACUUGCCAUUGAGGAGGACUGGGCGACUUCGUUCCCCGAUGGACGGCGCGAGUGGCUCCAACUGGACGGACGUCGGCGACAACGAAGCCGGCGGUCCGUUCUCGUCGGCCACGGUCACGGCGUCGGUGUCGGGCUCGUCGCUGUCGACCAGCUCGACGCCGUCGCCGUACCUGUACCACGGUGGCCGCGUGCUCUACACCACGUCGACCCUGACACCCGAGGCGGCCCGGUCGCAGUACUACGCCGCUUACGACCCCAUGACGGGGCUUCGCAUCGCAGCCACCCUCGGUGCCAUCAUCACGCUCUUCACACUUUUCCUCAUCUACAAGAGCAAGUGCCGGCCCGCCAAGCCCACGGAGCCCCAGGAGGGCGUCUAGCAAGCGAAAACGGGAGAGGUGGAGGGAGGGGGCAGCCGACGUGGUCACCGCCCCACAGGCACGCACGUGCAGAGUAAUAACGCUCACGUACCGGGUCCCUUCAGCGUACUUCGCGCCAAUAAGCGCGAGUUACAGUCGACUGCAGAUUUUUUUAGAAGGCCAAAAGUUCCCAAGAGUGAGUUACACUUGACGACACCUGAGCCCGGUAAGCUCAAUGAGCUCCUUAAUGUAUCACGAAUGCACCACGGCUACGAAUGAACCCUGGUCACACCAGAAAAGUCUGGCAGCACUUGGCGAAUCCGGUACCUGCUAUGUUACGCGGUCGAACUACAUGAAAAAUCAUGCCAUUUCUUGUUUCGAUACAGAAGUAAGAUUUGGGUCUCACCUAACUCUUCUUCCUGAUUGCGAGUUUUCCUGAACAGGUAACCGAGACCUUUCUUUUCUAUUCCUUUUUCUUUUAACGAUCAUUAUGCGAACAGUGGAGUCAUCUGUGCCCUAAGUACAUUGCCUACGUGCUAGAUACGUCUUUCUUUUAAUUUCUCCUUUUGCUCAGCCUUAUGAAACUCACAGACAUACGCUCAUGCCUGGAGCGUGCUUGCAGUUUAUAGAAAUUGAGGUAUCGCCGCGUGCCGCCCUGCGUAUUAGCAGCAUAACGUGUGCGAAAAUUCUGCGGAGCGUCCAAAAUUAAAAUUAUGCAAGAACUAGUUUUGUGUCCAGGUGCUGACUUGGACCUCUGAAGAGCGCAAGUUUCGGGUGCGGCUAAUGUGAGAUUCAGAAAGAAAGCUUAUUUUUGCUCGCAAGCUUAUCUCUGGUAAGAGCAAAGAGCAGAAACCCUGCGGAGUUCCGCGCUCACCCAGCAAACGGUGUGGCCAGUCUUUAUAACUGGGGCCGAGCGCACGUGUUUAAGAUUGGCAGCACUUUUUUUUUAUUUGUUUUGUGUAUCUCUUCAUAACUGUUAUUGUCAUAAAGAAGGUCCUCAUUCCAUUGGUGUAGACGGUCAACCUUUGAUUCUUGCUGUUGUCAAGACACCAUUUGUGCUACCUAUUUGGCCACACAUAACAGACCUGUGCAUGUUUCCAGCUGGUUCGUCGAACACUGAGACGUGCUCCGCGUAUGCGGCGCUAUCCGAAUUACAAAAUGUUGCCUCAAGUAGAAGCUUAGCGUUGUUUUUAAUUUAUACAUCAAGACAGAAUUUGUUUGUGUGCCCACAUUCAAGCAGCAAUUUUCGUGGAGGAAAAGUCGGAGGCGGUGACUAGAUGCUACCAAUUUGGGACAAGGGUUCACAGUCCAAGCGUGACGUGGAAAACCUAUAAUUUACUCGCAGCAUAAGCAGACACUGGGUGCAGCGUACGCUGAAUCGUGCUGUGAUUAUUUCAGUCUUACGCAAUGUGCCACGGCCUCAAGGAGUACUACUUUUCACAGCAGUUGCAAUUGGCCGUCUCAGUUUUACGUACACCCACUCACAAAAGUUUUCCGAAUAAGAAAGCUAGAAAGAAAUUCAAAUACUACGCAACUGACGCAUGUAUCCCGGAUCUGUGGCAUGCUUCACGAACUCGAGUCUGGCACAUGUGCCGUGUACCUCUUGUCCUGACUGUACGCUUAAGCUGUGAAACAUUUAAGCCGCUCCGCAUGGUUUAUGCAUUGUGAACGCUCUUGUGGGCAGAUUUGCACCUAUGGGCUAUGGGUAUCGAGCUCAAGCCAUCAUGGCAGCCAGUCUAUGCUAAUUAAGGCGUGGCUUGAGUUUUUACAUCACAUGGCAGUUGCAGAAUUGUCGUUGCCUGCAUGUACAGUGCUCAAUAGCCUGCAUAAUGUGCGUUAUAUUCUUCAUUUGCAUAGCAGGGGCGCUCUAACGUAAAACUAUUCCAAACAUUUCUAUUCCAAUUCUGCAAUCAGCCUUCCGCGAUUGGUCAAAAACUUUUUUGGGCCACGCCCACUUCAACUGUAGGUGACGCGGCGUCACGAGAACCGCGAUAGCUCCCCAUCUGAUAUGACGUGUACACUCUGAUUAUGCAUGAUUUUACCGAACAAAACAAAAAUAGUUAUUUCUGAUUCGAAGCCUUUUCCGCACUAGCCCUCGGCUAUUGGUCAAAAGUUUUCGGGCAGCACCCACUUCACCUGCCUGUCACGAGACGUCACAAAACUGCAAAAACUCACCGCGUCAGAGUGACGUGUACGCGUCAAAGAUGCAUUAAUAUGCCGAACAAAACUGAAUUUUCUUCUGAAUAACCGCUGGAUGCCCCCUUCCGAAAGGAAUAAAAGAUGGCUGCUGUCGAUCGCUGAUGCAUUAGCUACUCGCACCUGUGGGAGAGCAUGAGUUUAUUUGCGUAUAAUGAAACAUUUUGUGUAGCUGUGUAACGUUUUCGAGCACUUUCGGAACGUUUACGACCGCGUUCUGCCAACUCUUCUUUGGUGAGGAUCCGUUUUAGUGUCAUUCUUAAGCUUCCGUUGCAUGCCGCCGCGAUUGUCGACCAGCCACCGCCAGCUAAGUAAGGGAAAGCGGACCAAUCUCAGACGCCGGCACCACCCUCUUCAUCCAGUUAUUGAUAUUCAGUGCAGGGGCUCGGCCCCAUUGAAUCCCUCUCCACUUAAGCGUGCUCCUCACCUCUUGUCAGCCAAUUAGAUAAGACAAGCCGCUCAGUGUAGGCAAUGUUAUUCGUUUUUCAAGCAAACAAAAGUAACCUCCUAUGAACGAGGAGAGCGUUUGAUUGGUCUGCUUAGACCAAUCAACGGGUGACCGCCCGAUGCUUGCGUCAGCGGUUACGCAAAUUUGACGUCAGGAAAUUGGAAUAGAAACAUAUUGGAAUAGUUUUACGUAAUAGGACCCCAGUAGUCGUCGAAGAUCGGAGCUUGUGUUAAAAGCUCGGCUGAAUUCAUCUAAGGGUCUCCAAGCUGUGCAAAGAUUUGAUGUGCCUAUUGUCUACAGCUCUGGUCUUCUGUCUGCCAUUUUUCAAACCAAUGCGGCUCUGAAUGGUUUGUCAAAACAUGGCUGGUGGUUCCUUUCACCAAGCCAGAGCGUCUAAAGCCCAUGUGCUAAUUAAUUCUGAGCGAGUCUUCGUGGAUUAUUUAGUGCAAACGAAAAUAAGAAUUAAAUAAAACGAGUUUGUUCUC